CCGGAGGACAAAUCCCCCCGGCAGAGCCUGGUGGGAGAGGCCGUUUUGAAGGGCUCCAUGGCGCAGGAAGGCAGUGGGGAGGAAAAGGCCCAGAGAUCCCCCCGCAGGAGGGGCUCCAAAGCCAGCCCAGGGUGCUCUGAGGAGGAAAGAGCCAGCCUGUGCCGGGAAGGCAGCUGGAGCUUGAGCUCCAUCCUCCUCACCCACCAGCAUGUCCACACUGGGGAACGGCCCUACACGUGUGGGGAAUGUGGAAAGAGCUUCAGCCAGAGCUCCCACCUGAGCCGCCACCAGAAGAUCCACACUGGGGAACAGCCCUACGAGUGUGGAAAACGUGGGAAGAGCUUCUGCGACAUCUCCAGGCUCCGCACCCACCGCCGCAUCCACAGCGGGGAACGGCCCUACACAUGUGACAAAUGUGGAAAGAGCUUCAGGCGGAGCUACCACCUGAACUGCCACCAGCAGACCCACGUCAGGGAACAGCCCUACAAGUGCUUGGAAUGUGGGAAGAGCUUCAGCUACAGGUCCGGUCUGAUCUGCCAUCAGACCAUGCACACCGGGGAACGGCCCUACGAGUGUUCUCAAUGUGGGAAGAGGUUUCGGACCAGCUCCCAUGUCCUUAUGCAUGAGCAGACACACACGGGGGAGAGGCCCUUCCGCUGCACCGACUGCGGGAAGAGCUUCAAACGCAACUCCCACCUCGUCACCCACCGGCGCAUCCACACCGGGGAGAGGCCCUACAAGUGUGGGGAGUGUGGGAAGGGCUUCACCAUGAACUCUAGCUUGACCUCCCACCAACGGAUCCAUCGGUGA